AGCCGGUGUUGCGUCUGUCUUGUCGUUGCUGUUGCAGGGAUCGAAUGAGGUAUUUAUCCAUCCAGUAGCGCAGUAUGGUCCCCCGACGAUAGAUUUCGCACAUCGCCAGGAUAAAGGAGGAAAAACGAUUCGAUUUUCAGCAAACGUGAACAGCUGAAAGCGGAAAGCGCUCACUGCGUCACCUCGUACGGAAUAUCAUUACAGACGGAUUUUACGCACACGGUCCACAGAUGGAGAUCGUUACGCAUUUAAUCAAUGACACCAUCGAGUUCUACAAAUGGACCCUGACCAUUGCAGACAAGCGAGUGGAGAAAUGGCCUCUGAUGGACAACCCGCUGCCCACGCUGGCCAUCAGCACCUCCUACCUGCUGUUUCUCUGGCUGGGACCCAAAUACAUGAAGAACAGGGAGCCCUUCCAGCUCCGCAAAACCCUCAUCGUCUACAACUUCAGCAUGGUCUUCCUCAACUUCUUCAUCUUCAAAGAGCUGUUUUUGGCGGCGCGGGUGGCAAGUUACAGCUACAUUUGUCAACCUGUGGAUUAUUCAGAUGACCCCAAUGAAGUUAGGGUGGCAGGAGCUUUGUGGUGGUAUUUCAUCUCCAAAGGCAUUGAAUACCUGGACACGGUGUUUUUUAUCCUGCGGAAAAAGUUCAGCCAGGUUACUUUCCUGCACGUCUACCACCACUGCUCCAUGUUCACGCUCUGGUGGAUUGGCAUCAAGUGGGUGGCAGGAGGACAGUCUUUUUUUGGUGCACACAUGAACGCUGCCAUUCAUGUCUUGAUGUACUUGUACUAUGGUUUGGCCUCCUGUGGACCUAAAAUCCAGAAGUACCUUUGGUGGAAGAAGUACUUGACUAUCAUCCAGAUGGUCCAGUUCCACGUCACCAUCGGACACACUGCUUUAUCGCUCUAUGUCAACUGUGACUUCCCUCACUGGAUGCACUACUCCCUCAUCUGCUAUGCCAUCACCUUCAUCGUCCUCUUUGGGAAUUUCUACUACCAAACGUACCGCCGCCAGCAGCCCAGACGUGACGCCUCCUCCUCCUCCUCUGCCGCCGCCACUUCCAAAGCAAGCAAGACGCUUUCUAACGGGACCCUCAACGGACUCAGCAAGGCUGCCAAUGGAGCCGUGGUGCCGGGAAGCAAAGAGGAGAAAUCGCAGGAAAACUCUGGGAGGAGGAAGAGGAAAGGAAGAGCAAAAAGAGAUUAGAGGAAGAGGACGAGUGCCGCAGAGGUGAGGUGGGGCUGAGAGGCCUCUGCUUUUAGGGCAACAGUGCUAAACCGUGAAAGACUUUACCCAAGGACGACAAUUUUGAUGGAUGACCGUGUGGAGGUGUGAUGCGUUUAUUCAACCUCCUCAUACCCGUGUUUUGAUUUGGUAAAUGUAAUAUCCACUUAUGUGGGCGCAGGGUCUCAGGAGGUUAGGCCACGAGUUUUGCAUAAAGACCCACACUGAGAGAUGUCAAAGGUCAUAAAAAUAUCUAUAAUAAAAAUACAGUCAUGUCUGGUACGAGAUAGAUCUUAGUGUUCCUUCUCUUUUUUUUUGUGGUGCCAAGUCAAUGUGGUUCAACAAAGUGAUUUAAAGCUCCAUGAAUGGCACUUAAAGAGGAUUCGGGAAUGUUUUCGGGGCUCGUUUGGCACGCUGAGUAAGCUGCAUU